AUGACCCUCUCCCGCUUCCCACGGUGAACAUGUCGUUUUGGUGGAAUGGACAAUUGGAUGUUGAAACCGGCCGAGCUAAAUACACGUGUUAUCCCGGCUACUUCGCCGCUUGGAACGAGAACAGGACAAAGCAGGAGCUGGAAUGCCAAGGGAUCUUGGGCGGCUGGCGAGAUGUCGACACAGACGCACCUGCUAUUUUCGACUGCUACGCUAUGGAAGUGUGCAAUGACCUGCCCUUGGCACCGUCUCCCCUCAUCGUCAACUACACCAACGAGAACACUUCCUUCGUCAACGGAACUGUGUCUUACGUUUGCCCUGAUAGGUUGGCGACGGGAAACAAGAGCGUGUUGGUGCAGACUCUCACUUGCGUGCAGGGGAGUGAGAUAAAGUUUGAGCCCGAGGCGGUGGAGCCUUGUAACAUCUGUGUUGGAGACCCGAACGUGACAAGCAGUUACGUCAUCGACUACGACUCAAACACCAGCUACGUAAUCAACACGACCUUAACGGCCAUGUGUUGGGACGGCCACAUGGUCGAUGCGUUUAAUGACUCUCAGGCUGUUGUUUGUACUCCUGAUGGCUGGUCGGAUACUUUGCCUUGCUUACCAUCUUGCACCGAGGACCCCCCUGACGCAGGCGACAACAUGGCACGCAGCGAGAUCUUCAACAGGACUUUUGGAUCCGAAGUGUUUUACAAUUGCACUGACGGAUAUUUCAUACCAGAGACCUUUCCAAACGUGACGGAUUUGUGGAGUCUUACCUGUGAAGAUUACAACUGGACUGCGGUUUACCCUGAACUGCGGUGCGAUCUGUUGUGCCUGGACGAGCCCCCACUCCCCCCUGGACCAGGCAACACUACCUGGGACUUCUUCAACCGCACCGCAGGAUACGAGGUACGACCACUGAAGGACUCCUCUUGCGCCCAUUGAUUUCGUAUCAAACUUUCCGCUGGCAGACAAGCGCUGUUUUGGCUAGACCGAUAUGCAGUUGUUACAUUUUAGA